AUGCCAGACGCAGCACCUGCACCGAACAUGGACGCGCAGAGCAACGGCAAGGCGGAGGGGUCAGCGGGGCAGCGAAUGACGUCCGAGGAGCGCCACUACCUGCUCAAGACGCUCGUGUGCAUGCAGAUGGCCCACGAAUGGGGCCUCCUCGAGCAGCCCGGCAUCCUCGCCCGCUUCGGCCCGCCCUUUGUCGACCGGGACACGGCCAACUCGGACAAGGGUAGCGACGGAGAAGAAGGCGAAGGAGACGACGAGGCGAGACCGGUGAUCCUGCGCCACAUGUUCCAGGUCCAUCUCCGCCGCUUUCCCGGCCUGGACACGGCGCCGCAGAGCUACUGGCGGAGCGUGAUUGCGCCCCUGUUUGACUUUCUCGCCACCGACGCCGGCUUCAGCUCCAGCGUCGAGCGGGGCCAGUACACGAACCGGCGCCUGAUCGCGCUCGUCGUCACGCGCUACCUGGCCACGUACUUUGCACGCGGCGUGGGCGUGCGCGGCGCGGGCGAGACGCGCGGGCCGGGCAAAGUCAAGGGCGACGAGGCCCAUCCCUGGCGCGGGGCCGGCAAGCAGUGGGGCAAGGGCACCGUCAAGCGCGGCCUCGACCAUCCCGUGCGGCCGACGAAGCAGGAGAAUGCAGCGGUGCGUGGCCUUUUCCUCGACAGCAGCGGAAAGCAAAGCGAGAAGGAGGAAACGGAGCUCUGGGCACUGGGCCUGGACCACGUCGAGGCGAUCCAGCGCGACUGGUGCGCAUGGAAGGAGAGCAUCAUCGAGUCCGAGGAGGGCCUCGACGAGACGCUCAAGCUCCUCGAGACCAAGCACCUCGACAAUCUCCCGCCGCGCUUCCGCAACGCUGCCGAGUGGGUCCGCCAGCAUGUCGCCUUUGUCCUCUGGACCGUCUUCACCACGUAUGCCGGCCGCGACGAGAUCUUUUCCAUCCUCAAGACUGUCCACGGUCUAUUUCCCUACUGGGGCGCGCGGCAGCUGCUCAAGAUCGCCAAUGCGCAAAAGAUGAUCAAGGCCAUCAUCGACCUCGUCCUCGCCCGUCCGCUCGGCUAUGUCGACUCGCUGGGCCAGCGCAUCUGCUUUGUCGUCCUCGACGCCCAGAUUGCCAGCAUCGAGCGCGGCCUCCUCAAGCCGCUCCGGGCCGCCAUCGCAGACGAGGGCCUCUGCCGCGCGGUGGAAAUGUAUGCGGCCGAGCGCACCGCCGAAGACCGCACGCGCAUCGAGCGCCUCGCCGGCGACAAGCACAUUGAUGUCCUCGCCUCUGUCUUGCUCCACUACCGCCCCAGCCAGAGCGGCAAGGGCAACGGAAGUCAGUCUAUCGACGCCAAGCGCGUGCAGGAGAUGCACGAGGCGUACGCCGCCAGCCCGCAGCUCCGAGCCAACAUUGACCAGGCCUAUCCCGCCACCUGCGCGCAGGCAACAGAGAAGCGCAGCGCCGCCAAGUCCAAGUCGAAGCCAUCGUCAACGUCGUCGGCCUCGGCCUCACUGCGAGACGUGUCGCCCGAGGCGCUGCGGUUUGCGCGGCUCAAGCUGCUCCUGCGCGAUGCGCUGCGCAAGCGCGACCGCCAAAAGGUCCUUGACCUGCUGCGCGGGCCACGCAUCCCCACGGUGCUCAAGACGACGCUCGAGCAGGUCUUCUACAAGCUCAUCUACGACAUUGCCCUCGUCUCGGAUCUCUCGAGCCGGCUGCUCGACGUGCAAAACUUUCUCGACGACCUCAUCCGUACAAAGGCUGCGGGCAAGGACGCCAUGGAGGACUGGGUCGCACUGUGUGCGCGCCACGAGCAGAGCUUGUACGUGUUUGUGCACGAGGUGCGCGAUGCGGUGCAGCCCAUCUUUGACUGGUGCCAGACCUGCCUCGACUUUAUGGCCCUGGCCACGACGACGCCGGCCAAGCCCCAGGACAAGCAGGCGAAGCGCAUCGAGGUCGACCUCGACGAGCUUAUGGCGCGAGCAGCAGGCGCUGCAGCCGGCGGUGAAGAUGACACACUGCAGCAGCUGCGCGGCGAGAUACGCCAGACGACCGAGUACGUGCGCCUGCAAAAGGUGCGCACAAAGAUCGACUGGGCCGGCCAGGCCGUCCGGUGCGUGCGGCCCGACAGCGUGAGCCCGACGAACCCGCUGCGGAAGCGCGCCACAGCCGACGACGACGAUGGGCUGUUUGGCGCAGAGCCCUCUGAGGCGCUGCGGGCCUCGACGCGGGACGUGGGCGGCCUCUUUGGGCGCUGCGUGGGCCACUAUUCGCGCGACGACGGGACGACGGUGCCCGGCCGCGGCACAGAGAUGGCCGAGGUGCCCUGGGCCUACUUUGACGUCCCCGACCCUCUCGGCCAGCACCUGGGCCAGCCUGCCGCUGCUGCCUCUGCUCCGGCAUCGCAGCGAGCAUCCACACAGGACGACGGAGGAGGACUGCUGCGGUACGAGCCGCGACAGGAGGGCCAGGUCAGACCGCCGAGUGUGCUGCGGACGCGCCUGGCUGUCCUGCCACAGUUUCGCCGCGCCAUGCUCGCCUGCCUCCCUGAGCGCUACACCUGA